UAGCGGGCGGAGGCGGCAGUCACUGCUCGGGUCACCAGGAGCUGCAGGCUGAGAGCUCACGUGUAACGAUAAACUAACAUGUCAUCAGUGGGAAGAUUCAUGCGCGCUAUCCGUGUCCAGGAAUUUGGGAACCCUGAUGUUCUCAAACUCUCUCCAGAUGUCCUGGUGCCUUCCCCAGGAGACGGCCAGGUUUUAAUCAAAGUUCACGCCUGUGGGGUGAAUCCAGUGGAAACUUAUAUCAGAUCUGGUCUCUUUUACAUAAAGCCGAGCUUGCCGUACACCCCUGGCUCUGACGUAGCGGGAGUUGUGGAUGAUGUUGGGAAAAACGUAACUUCAUUUAAGAAAGGCGAUCGUGUGUUCACCACGGCGACCAUCACAGGCGGGUACGCGGAGUACACCGUGGCAGCUGAAGAUACAGUUUUCCCUUUGCCCAAGAAGCUGAACUUCAAACAAGGAGCCGCCCUGUCUAUUCCGUACUUCACCGCCUACCGGGCGCUCUUCACCAAAGCGCGCGGCAGAGCCGGGGAGGUGGUCCUUGUGCAUGGUGCCAGCGGGGGAGUGGGGAUCGCAGCGUGUCAGAUUGCCAGAGCCUAUGGCUUUAAGGUGUUUGGGACGGCAGGUACCGCCCAAGGCUUAAAUGUAGUCUUGCAAAAUGGGGCACACAAAGCGUUCAACCACAGAGAUAAAGAUUACAUUGAGAAGAUCCAGGAGGCUGCCGGAGGAGAUGGAAUUAAUAUUAUAUUGGAAAUGUUGGCCAAUGUCAACCUCAGCAAUGACCUGAAACUCCUCUCAGUUGGCGGCAGAGUGAUAGUUAUUGGCUGCAGAGGUGAUAUUGAAAUAAACCCAAGAGAGACAAUGGCCAAAGAAUCCAGUAUAAUCGGAGUAGUACUUUACAUGUCAAGUAAGGAGGACUGGCAGGAGGCUGGGGCAGCGCUGAUUGGGGGCAUGGAGGCUGGCUGGCUGAAUCCACUGAUUGGGCCUGUGUAUCCCCUGGAGAAAGCCCCUCAGGCCCAUGAGGACAUCAUAGAGAGUAGCGGAGCCACCGGCAAGAUGGUCUUUGUGCUCUAAGUGGACAUUACACUGUAAUGAUGGCGUCUAAGAAUAUAAUUAAAUCACAAAGAGCACUUAUGAUCCAUGAAAUAAAUGCUGGAACUGUAGGAAGUAACGUGUUUCUAUAAUAAUCUCGAUGUCUAAUUACCUCAGUCCUGGGGUCACUUGUUAAAUGAGCUAAAAAAAAAAUCCCCAAUAAACUGAAAUCCGUUUCCAAUUGUA